CUUUUAUUUUUAUUUAGUGGAAGAGCGGUGGAGCUAGAGGGACUGAGGCAGAGCCCAGAGACGGAGUUCAGAGGGGAAGCCUGAAGGACGGCCAACGAGGCAGAUCGCAGGGCCCUAGACGAGCGGCGUGGACGGCGGUGGCUUGGUGUUCCCUUCUUCGUCGCAACUCGCAAGCGCUGAAGCUCCGUCUUCUUGGCUUCGAUUUUCUUCUUGAAUCGGCCAGUUCGCAAGCGCAAAACGCAGGAGCAUAUUGUUAAAACAGGCAACGGUUCCAUCUCUGGUGGGACAAAACAGUUUGUUGCAGGUUAUCUUUGCAUUCAGGGAUAUAAAUUAGUUACAAUUUAUUUGUUUUGUUGGUAAGCUUUUUAUAUAUGUACCUUUUUGACAUUGGUAUCCAUUAUCCAAUAGAAUUAUUUCACAAUAUAAUUGUUUAUGUUCAUAGAUGUUUACCAAGUAAUUUUUUUUGCUAUACCAUAUAAGUUUUAGUGAAAAAACGGCAGCUAAUUUAUGUUAAUUUUCCUAAAUGGAAAAGCAUUUUGUGAAAAACAGGUUACUUACAAACUGUUAUGCAUCUGCAAUUGUAUUAUAUAUUUAUCAAGCUUAUAAUAUGAAUAAGCAAUAUGGGUGUGCUUUGGUUAUUUAUUUGGCUGAAAACUAAAUGGGUUUUCAUUAAGAAUCUAGCUGUGUACUCGAUUAGCCCUACCAAAUAGUUAGUUAUUUAACUAAGUCUGAUAAUUUAAGUGGAAGAAGGUGAGUUGAAUUUGGUUGCAGGAUGGCUUUAUAGCCUCUAUUCGUAGUUUUAUUUAUUUAUUUUCACAUUUUUUUUAAAAUAGCAUCAAAAAUCAAAAUCAGCCAUUGCUUUUCUACGGAGGCCUUUAUUCAUUGAAAGUUUCUUACUAAACCAAUCCUCUUGCUUCCUUUGUAUAACAAAUUCGGGAUCUUCUGAUAAACUAACUACCAUGAGAUGUUUAGAAGAUAACUUAAUUAUGAUCAUUGUCAUAUCACAUUAACAAAUAAACUCAAAUGAAUGGCAUUUUAAAACUUAUUUCAAGUCAAGAGUGGAAAAUACAUUCUAUUUGAGUCUAACAAACAAGACAGUUUUUCGUUUUCAUGCUGAGAUGUAAUGGUGAUCAUAUAAACCCUAAUGGAUAGGAAAUUCUCAAACUUCAGCUCUCUGCUCAAGUUAUAUUUCAGAGUAACAAAAAAGUUUAAUUUGGUUAAUCCGUUUUAGGGGUUACAGUUGUAUGGUGAGGUUAGAAUUUCUGCUUUUGAAAGCUAAUAGUACCCAAAUUGACUACUUCUUAGUACGGACCACUUGGAGAACUAGCUACACUGAUUGUAAGGUUAUUCCAGGUGAGAGUGUUGUCACUCAUCAUAGGAUGCUUGUGCUUGACUUUCGAGGUAAGAACCAUAGAAGACAAGUUAAACAAUAAGUGGAGCCAAAGAUAAAGUGCUUGAGGUUUGAGGGAGAUCUUCAACAAAGCUUUACACACAAAAUGGUCGGUGAAGAUGUAUGGCGUAUUGAUAAUGAAACACAUGUAGAUGAUGUGUGGUUAUCAAUGGAGUUGACCAUUAACAAAGUGGCAAAAGAGGUACUUGGAAAAUCUAAAGGAUGUCUGCCACCUAAAAAGGACAUGUCUUGGUGGAAUGAUGAGGUGAAAUAAGCCAUAAGGAACAAAAGAGAUUGCUACAAAAAGUUGGAGACAAGUUGGAGUGAUGAGAACAUAGAAGCAUACAAAGAGGCUAAAAGACAAGCAAAGAAAGCCGUAAGGGAAACACGAGGGAAAGUGAACAAGGAGCUGUAUGAAAAGUUGGACUCUAAGGAAGGAGAACUAGAUAUUUAUAGACUUGCUCGUCUUCGUGAUCACAGGACUCAAGAUAUUGCAAAAGUUAAGUGUGUGAAGGAUGUCGAUCAAAGGAUAUUAAUGGACGACGGAGAGAUAAAAGAGAGGUGGAGGUCAUACUUUGAUACACUAUUCAACGGGAACAAAACACAAGAUAUUAGUGAUUUGUCCAUACCAGAUUGUAUGGUAAAUCGUGAUUUUGUGAGACGGAUCCAAACAACGGAAGUUAAAGAAGCUCUGAGGCAGAUGGGACGGAAGAAAGUAGUGGGUCCAGAUGGCAUACCGAUCGAGGCUUGAAGAAGUUUGGGAGAGAGAGGCAUCGAGUGGUUAACAAGUUUCUUAUCCCCUUAUUUAAGAAUAAAGGUGAUGUACAAGAAUGAAUCAACUAUCAAGGGAUUAAGCUUAUGAGUCACACCAUGAAACUUUGGGAGCGAGUGAUUGAGCAAAGACUUCGAAGAACUGUGAAGAUUUCAGAGAAUCAAUUCAGUUUUAUGCCUGGUCGCUCAACAACUGAGGCCAUUCACAUUCUUCGGCAACUUAUGGAGAAGUAUAGAGAUGCUCACAAGGAUAUGCAUUUGGUGUUCAUUUACUUAGAAAAGGCAUAUGAUAGGGUACCUUGAGAAGUUCUUUGGUGGGCCUUAACUAGGAAAGGCAUAUCACGCAAGUAUAUCAACAUCAUCAUGGAUAUUUAUGAGGAUUGUACUACAAGUGUCCGUACUAGUGUAGGAAGGCUGAAGAGUUCCCUAUUACUAUCGGAGUGCACCAAGGAUCGGCUCUGAGCCCUUUCUUAUUUGCCAUAGUCAUGGAUGAACUUACGAAGUCAAUUCAAGACGAUAUACCGUGGCGCAUGAUGUUUGCCGACGAUAUUGUAUUGAUUGAUGAGACGCAGUUAGGUCUUAAAGUAAAGUUGGAAGUAUGGCGACAAACAUUGGAGAAUAAGGGUUUCAAACUAAGUCGGAGCAAGACAGAGUACAUGGAGUGCAAGUUUGGUGGAGGUAGAAGCAAUGGUAAUAGUGGAAUUACUCUGGAUGGUAAGGAGAUAUCAGUCAGUGAUAUGUUUCGUUACUUAGGCUCCAUAAUUCAGGACGGUGAGUUAGAUGGAGAUGUAUCUCAUAGAAUCAGAACAGGGUGGAUGAAGUGGAAGAGUGCGUAGGAUUUCUAUGCGAUCGAGGUAUGCCGACUAGACUGAAGGGUAAAUUUUAUAGGACGGCAAUUAGACCUGCAUUACUGUAUGGCGUAGAGUGUUGGGCGGUGAAACAAUGUCACAUUCAAAUGAUUAAUGUGGCAGAGAUGCGCAUGCUGCGUUGGAUGUGUGGGCAUACUAGGAAGGACCGCGUGAGGAAUGAGACAAUCAGACAAAGGGUCGGAGUAGCACCUAUUGAAGACAAGAUGCGGGAGUCGCGCCUACGGUGGUUUGGUCAUGUGCGUAGAAGACCGAGUGAUGCACAUGUCAGACGAGUUGAGAUGUGUGGAGAAGAGGCAGAGAAGAGAGGGAGAGGAAGACGGAAGACCCAAACAGACGUGGGCUAGGGGAGUUCGAAGUGAUAUGCUUCUUCUGGGGUUGGAUGAGGGCAUGACUUUGGAGAGAGCUAAGUGGAGAGCGGGUAUUCGUGUGGAGGAGUGAUCUCAUAUCAUCUUUUCUCUCAUCUUUUUUACUUGUUUUUUAUCCUUAUAUAUAUGCAUUAUUUGUAUCCUUUUUAUUUUAUUAUUUUUAUGUAUAUUCAUCUCUUCUUAUAUUAUCUUUUUAUAAUAGCUUAUCUUUUUAAUCUUUAUUUCCUUUCUUUUCCUUUUGGGGGUGAUAUCAUGUAUCGAUUCAUGUUAGCCGACCCCAAUAUCUUUUGGGACUAAGGCUUGGAUGUUGUUGUUGUUGUUGUGAGUUUUCUAUAUAUUAUGGGACAUGGUAUGAAUUUGUGAUAGAGAGCGGGCAGAGCAUGGGGCGGGACCGGGCUUGGGCCCACUUCUGUGGGCCUGGUUAGGGCUGUCAUUAGAGUUUAUUUAUUAUUAUUAAGUUAAUGUUAUGUUUUACUUUGGGCCUAUUAUUAGUAGAGUACUUAGUAGAGUUAUUAUGGGCUUAAUUAUGAUUUAAUUAAUUUGGGUUUGAUUAGGGUUUCUCUUAGAAGGCUAUUUAUACCCCUUAUUCUAGCAUCUGGGAAUAAAAUUGGUUUUAGCCUUUUGGCUCUGGGCAACGGUAUUUUUUAUCGUUGAUUAUCUGGACAACGGUUUACCCCGUUGAUUUUAUUUUUCCGACAUGCCGGAUCCCGUCCCGCCAGGAUGAUGAGAUCUCAGAUCGACCGCUUGACAGAGAUGGUCGCCAAGCAAACUCGGAUGAAUCAAACCCUAGAGGAGCACGGCAUGCGUCUGGCAGAGAUUGCCGCAUCCCUGGCAGCGCUUACCAAGGCGUUAAUUCCUCCGGUCACGACGGAAACAAGCCUGGACACGGUUGGCAGCACCACCAUAUCUGCGCACAGCAGCGACAGACAGUCGUGCAACGUCACUUCCUCCUUGGCUGCGAUUACAGAGGCUCUUGCGCUGCCAGCGGUGGAGGAGCAUGCAACGGCGGUGGCUUCACUUGACGCAGCAGCAGCAACAUCCUCGUUCGGAAUUAGACGGUGCAGCACCAUUCUCACGAUGUUGCCCUCGUUUAACGGAGAAGAACUGAUCAGCUGGGUUGAUAGGGAUGAGCAACACUUCGAAUUGAACUGUACUCCGCCGGGAAAGAAGGUGUCAGCCGUUGUAGUUGCGAUGGAAGGGCCAGCCCUAUAUUGGUUGACCUGGUUACGGGCACAAAAGCCGGUCAUGUCAUGGGAUGAGCUUACACAGGCAUUGGUGACUCGUUUUGACUCACGGUUUAAGGGCAAUUGCUUUAAACGGCUGCCUGGAGGCAAGCAGACAGGGACUGUGGAGGAGUACAUCUCAAUUUUUCCUAAAGAUAUUGGGCAGCCCCCGGGGACAAAUGUGAGCCGGUUUCCAGAUUUCAACCUUGAGGACACGGUUAUUUUGAAGGAGGAUGGAUUGAUAGAGAAUGGGCAGAGCAUGGGACGGGACCGGGCUUGGGCCUACUUCUGUGGGUCUGGUUAGGGCUGUUAUUAGAGUUUAUUUAUUAUUAUUAAGUUAAUGUUAUGUUUUACUUUGGGCCUAUUAUUAGUAGAGUACUUAGUAGAGUUAUUAUGGGUUUAAUUAGGAUUUAAUUAAUUUGGGCUUGAUUAGGGUUUCUCUUAGAAGGCUAUUUAUAUCCCUUGCUAGGGUUCAUUCUAGCAUCUUGGAAUAAAAUUGGUUUUAGCCUUUUGGCUCUGGGCAACGGUAUUUUAUUUUUUUGUUACACAACAAUUUGUUUAUAGCUUUCUGUAUGGGACAUGGUAUGAAUUUUCCUCUAUUUUGAGUUUUCUAUAUAUUAUGGGACAUGGUAUGAAUUUGUUUAUAACUUUCUGAAUGUUAAGGGGUCAAGAAUUGAAAGUUUUAGUUAAGGGGGGUGAAUUCCAUAGGGACUAAUGAGAUUAGUGAGUUAAUUCUCAGACUUUCAGCUCUAUUAUAUUCUAUCCUGAUUUCUCUCAUGCAUUUUAGAUUGGUAUUUGAAUACUUCAGUCUUUAAUCCCCAAACUCACAUGUGUUUGAUGGAAAUUUCUCUUUGUUGACCUAUGUUUGAUACGAUAGUAUAUUAUUUCAUUACCUUAGGUGAUAUAUUAUCAUUUUACUUAUAUUUCAUUUGAGCAACUCCACAGGCAAGAUAAUUUUUUCCAGAAAAAUCAAACCAGGCAUCCUCUUGGGGCAGGACAAGCAACAAACUCAGGGCAGGACAGCUGCUACCAUAGGACGUCAAUGAUGCCCAAGUGUGGUAGAAUUGUUGGUGCAAAGGAAACUCUUAUAGCCUGUUUAUAAGAGUUUUGCGGUGGAAUUCUUGCCCUCCAUCUCUUCCAACUUCAUUUCAACUCAGGUUGUUUGAGCUAUUCUGAAGGGAGGGAAAUUUGGGCGCGCUGAUCGCGGAUGAAUUUAGAAACUUGAUGCAGGGCUUUUAAAUAAUAGCAUCUCUAUUGCUUGAGAGGAGUCGUUUCUUUAUGCAACAGACAAGUUUCUCUUUUGUUUCCUCCCAGUUGUAUUUUUUGUGCUCUAUAGUGACAAUUUGAGUCAUAAUUUUUUACUUCAUUUACCAAAAGAAUAAAAUCAAUUUAGAUUAUUGACCCUGAGCCCCUUACUGAUUAUGUAUGAUUGUCAAUUUUUAUUCCUAAAAUUAAAUAUUUUAUCAAAUAUUCAUAUACUUUAUACGGUAUGUUACUUGUGCUAUUUAUCUAUUUACGGAUCAUUCUUAAAUUUUGUGAUAUGCAACAUUUCCAAGGUGAUAUGUUCGUUCAGUUAAACGGGUGACAAGUUUAUUGGUUUAAACUUUGUGAUAUGCAAUGAAGAAGAAAAUAUGAAAAAAGUCUUGAAACAAUGUAAUCUAUAAGUAUAAGGAGUUCUUUAAUUCUAUACGUUCACAAAUGUACAUAUUUAUUUAUUUACAUUUACAACGCACGGGUGUCGGGUGGAAUACUAGUUAUUAUAAAGAAGAGUUGAGAAAAAACACUAUUGGUUCAUUCUAGCUCUAGACUUUCUGUCCGUUUGUUACACAUAUUUAACUUAACCUGAUAAACUGGAUUUUCUAACAAACAUUUAGGUGGAUGUUUAGGUGGAAUUUGUUGAUUGACAAAUAGCUCAAAAAUUGUUGUUGGACUUUUAUUGAUUCCAUAAACUGUAAUUAUGUAAAAUUUACAUGCAUCAAUGCAUGGUUUCAUUAAUAGUAUUAGCCAUUGUUUAUUUUACAAAUUUUGCCGCAUGCACCAUGAUCUACAUUUGCAUGUCUGUUUCUUCUUUCGCUCGUAACUGUUUAUUAGCUUCAGUUGUGCUACUAAAUUCUCCCCACUGCACUGUGCUUCCCUUGGGUCGUUGAGAUCUCAAAAACUUGAAAUGGAUGGAGACUAAGAGUCUAAGAAUGAAUUUUUGAGGUGAGUGGUAAUGGCAAAGAGCACUCUCUUGGUUAUCCGUUAAUUAUGUUUGGCACAUUAUUUCUUACAUGCUACUGGGGAAGACUACUCUGUUGAACCUGCUGAAAGCAGAAGGCCUUUCCAUUCUCUUCUUGGUGUUGGUUUUGUAGGAACAAUGGAAUCAUGUUAUAUAGUGCCUCGAAAGGAACAUUUUUUCACGAAUAUCAACCUUUCGGCCAACAAUAUCACUUAGUCAUAUCACAUGACAUGAAUCAACCUUUUCCUGCAAAGUUCACACUCAAAGAUUUUUCAUUUUGGUAUUGUGCAUAAUCCUUGACCAAGAAAUUGGUAUUGUGCAUCUUUUUGUCUUUCAGACAAGUUUUUAUGUUGUGCAUCCUUAACCAAUAUUUAAAUGUACUUGAGCCUCGGUUGGUUUGACACUAUUACUUAAUUGUAUCUUCAUCGCUAUAAGCUAUUUAUUUGUACUACUUGUCCAAAACUAGUUUGCUGUUAUCAAAACUAAUUCACCCUUCUACUUGUGCCAUGUAGGGUUUGGUGGAAGGUGAGCAUGAUAAGUACCAAUCUCAUUUUAGCGAGUAUAUAGGAAAAGGUAUUGAGCACAGCAAGAUUGAGGAUAUUUGCAGAAUGCUGCUAUACAUCCUUAAAGAAGUUCAUGAAGCAGCCUCCUAAAUAGUACAAGGGUUACUCUAUUUUUAUCAGUCCUACAGCCCUGCCUCAAACUCUAAAAUGCUUGCUGAUAAUAAUGAAUUAUAUUGAGGGGGACAUCUUAAAAUAUCUUAUUAUGGACAAAAUUACUACAGUUACUACGAGUAAAACUCUUAUAAUUAGUGCAAUGUAAAAAUAAACAUAAACAUGUUUGCUAAGGUUACUAGUAUGGUUAUUGUCAUGGUCAUUGUAUAUUAAAUUAUAUUUGCCUCCGUCCCACCCAACUUUGUCAACUUCAUAUUGGGUGUGGAAUCAAAAAAAUAAAAACUG